AUGAAUUUUGCGUUUUUCCAAUGUACUUUUUUCCGAUUAUUUUUUGAAAAAAUCAAUAAUUUCGUUAAUCUUUUGGUGAAAAAUCUCAUUCAUGGAGGAGAAUUGAACUUGAUUCAGCUGAAGACACUCUUACGUCCAGCUGCUCUACUUUGCGAUGCCAAAGACUACUGGAACGAUGGACCAAAGAUGAACGACGCCAUACGCAAACUUCACGGCAGCCAGCAACUCACUGGUGACGUUCAUUUCGACUCAGGAGGUGAACGUGAGGAUCUGGUAUACUAUGGCAUUGGCAGAAUCAAUUCGCAGUUUGUCAAGGUACCUUCCUCUCAAAUGCACAUUUCGUGUAAAACAUUAUUUCGUCAAACUGGUUUCUUGGAAAAAACGAACAAGAAGAUAUGGGAAGAAUACAAUGCAUCAAAAGACAAGAAAUAAAA